CUCUAUAUACAAUGCUGCUUAGAGAAGAGACAGAUUAUGGAUUAUUUACAUCGAAAAUUAGAUAACAAAGAGCGAUAUGAUACAAAAAUACAUAAUUAGUCCUAGAAAUUUAUAGUGAAGCAUUCUAGUGAAUCUUAGUUUUAAAGAUUUUUGUGAUAAAAGUUUAAUCUAGUCAACAUGGAUAUCAUCUACCCGAAAGAAGUAAAGAGAGCUAACGCUGAGGGCAAUGACAUUGAAAUGGGAGGUGACACUGAAAAACGGAAUGGCGAUAACAAUGGCAUGGUCUACCACGAGCCACUAGACCACGAGCCUUCAGGGUUCCUGGAGACCACGCUGGCCCGGCUCGGGGGCUCCACUGAAACCUUCAUGAAGAACAACUCAAGCAGUCUGAAGAUGAUCUCCAUAUUCGUCUUUAACGGCGCUGUUAUAGGCUACUUCUUCGGGUGCCUGUAUUACUGGAUGACUUAUGUAAAUACCCCUCUGGAGCUGUGCAGCGGCUUCGGCAGCCUCAUAGCCUUCCUCUCCAUCAUCUACUUCUUCCUCGUCUACUUCUUCUUCAUCAAAAAGUACUUCGGCUCCUGGUUCCACAGAACCGUGUGGAGGAGGCUCACUAAUGCUACAGACUGUUGUUGGAAGUUCCCGCUGUUCCGCUGGGCGCUCUCGCUGGCCAUCAUCGGAGGGAUCCUGCUCUUCCUCAUCAUCGACUCUCGCGGCAGCGAACACCGUCUCAUCUCCCUCAUAGGUCUGGUGGUCCUCCUACUCCUCGGCUUCCUGUUCUCGAAGCACCCUGGCCGGAUCAACUGGCGCAGUGUCUCGAUGGGGCUGCUGCUGCAGUUCGCAUUUGGACUGAUCUUCAUCAGAUGGGACACCGGCCGGCUGGCCUUGCAGUGCUUCUCUGAUAAGGUGUCCACAUUUCUGGGAUACGGUGUGGAUGGAGCCGCGUUUGUUUUCGGCGACUUGCUGGUGCGAGAACAGAAGGUCUUCGCUUUCAGUACCCUGCCAGUAAUCUUCUUCUUCAGCAUGCUGGUCGAAGUCCUCUUCUUCUGGGGCGCGCUGCAGUGGUUCUGCCAGAAGCUGGGAGAGCUGCUCAGAGCGGCCACAGACACGACUGUGUGUGAGAGUGUGAUUGCUGUGGGCAACGUGUUUUUGGGCAUGACGGAGUCGGUGCUGAUGAUCAAGCCGUAUGUGGCGGUGCUGACCCCGUCCGAGCUGCACGUCAUCAUGGCCUCCGGGUUCGCCACCGUGUCCGGAACAAUCCUAGCCUCCUACAUAGGGUUCGGCGCGGAGCCAGCCCACCUGGUGACGGCCUCGGUCAUGUCAGCACCGGCCGCCAUUUGCUAUGCAAAGCUGCUGCUGCCAGAGACGAAGCGAUCGCUGACGGCUGUGGAUAACAUCAGGCCUAUCGUCAGCGAAGACCGCUCAGCCCUCUCCGCCGCCACCAGGGGUGCCACAAACGGCAUAGCCCUCAUCCUGAACAUCGUGGCGAACCUGGUGGCUUUUGUAGCCUUCAUAGCCUUCGUCAAUGGAGUCCUAGGGUAUGCCGGGGACCUGCUUGGCAACCCUGGACUGAACCUGGAGUGGAUUCUGGGGAAGGUGUUCAUACCGCUGUGCUGGAUUAUGGGAGUCCCAUGGGAAGAGUGCGAGUCCGUGGGAUCGCUGAUCGGGUUGAAGACGGUGGUGAACGAGUUCGUGGCCUACCAGCGAAUGGGCGAGAUGAAAGCGCAGGGGCUGCUGUCGGCGCGCGGCGAGCUGAUAGCCACAUACGCGCUCUGCGGCUUCACCAACCCAGCCUCGGCCGGGAUCCUCAUCGGGGCCUUCGCAGCCAUGGCGCCCAACCAGCGGGAGACGCUGUCCUCGACGGCAGUCCGCGCAUUCUUCUGUGGGUGUGGUAUCUGCUUUAUGACUGCUUGCAUAGCAGCGCUCCUUAUGCCAGAGGGAUCAUUUGGAUAGUAAUUAAAUACUGAAGCAACUACUUAAUUGAUAAGAUUUUUAAUUACCUACAGUUACUCCUAGGUCUUAAAUAGUCAGCCUGUAGAUAUACCUAAAUAAAAAAUAUAGGUACCUUAUCUAAAAGAAAUAAUUUAUAAUGUGUUAAGUAAUGUGUGUGACCCAAUGUAAAGUGCCAAUGUACUUAAUUUCGUGUUUUUUUACCUAUUUUUAAUAAUAUUUAAGUACUUACUAUUUAAUAAUGAUGUUAUUUUAUACCCACUGUUAGUGUAAGUUUGUGAUGAUCAAGCAUUUUGUGAAUAAAGUAUUUAAACUACCUACCUAA